AUGUCUACUCCAGCGCUGCUGCCUCCCAGCUGCAAAGAGAAAGUCGCAGCAGCAAAAGGUUGCAGCAGCAGCAGCAGCACAGGAACAAAGCGGCAGCAGCAGCAGCCGCAGCAGGAGCAAAAAGGCGGCAGCAGCAGCAGCACGGCAGGGCACGGGCUGUUUGCAGUCAGAAGUCUCGCUCGGACAGAAACAGUCAGAAGCAGCAGCAGCAGCAGCAGCAGCAGCAGCAGCAACCGGAUUUUCCGUAGCAGCAGCGAACGGACCUCAAGCAGCAGGAGCAGAGCUUCAGCAGCAGCAGCAAACAGACCUCGAGCAGCAGCAGCAGCAGCCCCUCAGCAGCAGCAGCAAACUGACCUUCAGCAGCUCCUGAACUUUUAUGUGCAGCUCUUCUUUGCAGCAGCAGCAGCAGCAGCAGCAGCAGGGCUUGCAGCAGCAGCCAGACCCGAAGCUCACUUGCAGCAGCAGCAGCAGCCACAGCAGCAGCAGAGCGAGCAGCACCGCCCCACUGAGCAGCAGCCCCAGCAGCAGCAGCCCCAGCCCCAGCAGCAGCAGCAGCAGCCCCAGCAGCAGCAGCAGCAGCCCCAGCAGCAGCAGCAGCAGCCCCAGCAGCAGCAGCCCCAGCAGCAGCAGCAGCAGCAGCAGCAGCAGCAGCAGCAGCAGCAGCAGACCUGA